UUGAUAAAAUAUGUCCAAUGUAAAAUUUGUUGACCCCAAAAGGAGCUUUAGUGUGGAUUGAGAUCUGUGGGAAAAUUUAUUGGUCCGUGAAUGGCUUUCUCUCUUACAUGGGUUGAAGACAAAGCUUGUGCAUUCAUGUGAUGUGUAACGGGUGACUGGGAAUGUCAAUGCGAGAUAUGACCAGUCCAUAAACUUCCUCGUUAGAAAGCGAGCAUGCGUUUUGACGGUUCAGCUGUGCAAGCGACAAAGCCACUGCACUCUAUCAGGUGAGUCUUCUUUUCGACAUUCUUACACAUGUUUGGUGUGAUGUUAAGUGCUUCAAACUAGGAUGUUUGUUGACCUCGGUUGGCUCGCUAAUCAGUCGAAGUUUGUUUUCAAAGGAUCAUCUUCAGUCUUCAAUCAAAUGUUCCCAUGGAGAGGCAUGAUGCCAAACCUGUCUAUGAAAAUGAUUAGUGCACUUCAAAACAAGCGCUGCCCCCUUCCUGACCACUGCCCUCAACAUCUGGUCCACUGAAAUGCGUCUUAUUCCCUCAACUGAGUGGGGCUUUGGCUGACGUCUAAACCAUCCCUCCAGAUCACAGGAUGUACAGGCAAUAAGCUGCUCGGCCACUGCGCAACGAUGGAGCUCUCGCAGCGAUGGAGAUGACGCAAACAGCCUGUGUUCUCCGAAAAAGUGAUUCCAGGCGAACAUGGCGGCAACUUAGGCUCGCUCCAAGAUGACAACGGCCAGCCGGAGACGGGAUUCAAGCCUUCACGCUCGGCUUCCAGGCAGCGACGAGACUGGCCAGUGCGGGCCGGACGCUUCACUUCAGUGAGAGAGUGCACUAUCUGCGGCAGACGCCCCAGCAGCAGCAGCAGCAGUAGAAGCAGAAACAUCAUCAAAGGCGAAGAGAGAAACGAAGGGAGCACACCCGGGGAAGAAAGAAAGAAAGGAAGGACGGAAGGUAGGGACGGACGGACGGACGGACGCGGCAUGCGGUCAAAGAGGACGCCGUCCCCCCGCGGGGAGCCACGGAGGUUGCGGCAAGCUUAAUCCGCGCGGGUGGGUUUAUUGGACCGGAAUAGAACCGAUUGCUGCGGGCGCCAAUCGAGCAGCGCCCCGCACCGGCUUGAGGCAACGGCACCCUGCGGAGAACCGAGCCGAGUCCGCCUAAGUCAAUGAGUAUUGAGACAGAGCAGCCCCCGCGGUGGAGUCGGCCAGGGCACCACUCUCCUAAAAUAUGACCAGGGGUGCUUGGAUGCGUCGACAGCAUGACGAAGGCGUAAAAUACUGGUUCGCACCCCGAGGGACCGAGAAGCCAUCCACCGAGUCGGAGCGGGCCCAGAGAUGGCGACUGUCGCUGGCCUCGCUGCUCUUCAUCACCGUCCUGCUCUCGGAUCACCUGUGGUUCUGCGCCGAGGCCACGCUCACCCGCACCAGGGACAAGCGGCGCUCGGUCCCGGGGAGGCUCGGGAUUAGAGAGACGGGCGAGCAGCCUCACUCCCUCCACUGGCUCCCGCCGGCGUCACCAUCAUCAUCAUCACCACCGCCUGACCCCCAUCACCACUACCACUACCACGCCAGAGAGCAAAAUGCUAUUUUUCUAGGGAAUUCUACCGAACCUCUGUGGCGGAUGGACACCUGUCACCCGGACAGCGUGUCCAAAGACUGCUUCACUUUCACGGACGCGGACACCGUGUGCCUGGGCCUGGCGGGGGGAGAUGGGACGCAGUUGACGCACGUGAACCUGAGCGAUUUGUACCUUUCUUUUUGUAAUUCCUACUCACUUUUGGAUUUGUUUUACGGGUUUACGAGUCCACGCGACAUGAAUUGCACCCUGGAUUUGGCCAUGGGGGCGGACGCGCCGGGAUGCGGCGACUGCGUCCGGGCUUACCAGCUCCUUGACCGGCAAGCGGAGGACAACUACCGGGACUUCGAGCUCUUGGUGCGCAAAUACGAGACGGACGCGUACUCGGUUCGGACGUGCAUGGAGGAAUGCAAGUUGGCGUACAAGCCGUGGCUGUGUUCUCAGUACUUCCAGACCACCCAGUUGCACUGCACUAAGAGAAUCCCCUGUAGUCAAUACUGCCUGGAAGUGCAGCAGCGGUGCCCCUUUGUCCUGCCCGACAAUGACGAUCUCAUUCACGGAGGCAGCCCCAGUUUUAUAUGUACAGGGUUGCUGGAGGACCAUCCAUCAGGCGUGGACCCUGAGGCAGAGUGCUGCGACGUGCGGUGGGACUUGAAAGUGGACAACCUCUCCCGGGGGACAUUGAAAAGAACUCACCCGCCUUGCCAGCACCGAACCUCCCUCAGCUCCUCGGCAGCGUGCAGACUGUGUAACAGCCGUCUCAAACUCUGCCUGCUAGUGCUCGUCCUCCUACAUACUGUCGCCAGCCUCACUGCAUCCCACAAUGCAACAGGCUUGGGCCUCCCCGCCAUCACGCCUCUGGAGGAGAGCCCUGCCAAUGAGGAGUGACGAAGCUGCCAGGCGGAGGUGAGGUUGUCGAGGUGGUGGGAUCAAGGGGGGGUUGGGAUUGAAAGAGAAAAAAAGGGGGGUUCCCUCACCAUGGCAACCACUACGGAAAAAUACAGCCACAUUUUUUUGGGGCAGGGGGGGUUGUUUUUUUUUGUUUUUUUGCUGGAGCUCUGCGCCUGUGCGGCAACACUUCCUAGCCAAAUUGGGGGGGGGGGGGGGGGGCGCUGGGACGCUUUGACACAAGAGACUAACAAACCCAAUCAAGACAGAAAUAAAAGCGGGAAAGGGGCUCGUCCAGCCCGUUAGAUAGGGACGGGGGACAAUGCCACAGCCUUUGAGUGGGAACGUUCAGCUUCCUGCUGGCUGAGUUUCUCUCACUUUAGCUUUUUUUACACUGUGUUCCCAUUCAUGGUUUUCUGUUGCACUGUAUGAACUACCACAAUCAGAUUCUCUUUCUGACGUCCCAUCUUUUGUGUUUGUUUGGCCGACAGGAGGUGACCUGUACAAGCAAAAGAAUUUGCUGCAAGAGUGAUGUGUGCUAGAGUUUGUCCUUUUUUAUUCUUUUGUUUUAAUCAAACAUCCUUAGGACCUUUUUUUUUAAAAACAAAACAAAAAAGAUUAUAUAGAGCCCUGACUGUUUUGUUAUGCUCACAGUCUGUGGAAGCAACACAGGGUAUUGAAUACAAUAACAAGCUUCAGCCCGAUUUAGACUGCCAUCUUUGAUGAUUUGAUCACAAGUUGCAUAUAUCGAAUGAAAGCGGCCAUAGCCUCUUUCGCAAGGAGAUCAUGCCAAUUUGCAUAAACCAUUUGUGCAUUUUUCACAACACCCCCAAGUCAAAGUCCUCGUUUUCAUUUUUCACGUUAAAAUCCUGGAAAAUUGCUUAAUUUACCAGUUUGGAAGAUUUCACACAGAACCCAGCGAAGCAUUAUAUUUGUCGAUUAGACUUUCACACAGUGGCACCACAACCCAAAUCAAAGCUUGUUAGUCUUUUCAAAGAUUUCAGAAAUACUACAUUCUCAUGGCAGAUACAGACGUUUAGCCAUUUAUGCAUUUUACACAGAACCCAGCUAAGCAGAACAUUUCUGGAACUGUGUGCACUUUCACACAGUAUCCCAUGAUCAGACAAUGAGACAACGGCAAUUAAGUCGGUACACAACUGCCACCAUCUAAAGUGCUUCCGAAAAUAAAAUGCUGAUAUUCGAGUCGGCUUUUCCUGACUUUUUUUUUCUUUUUUGCUUUCGAGCAGAAGCCUCAAGUUUUUGUGCUAACACUGACUGAUAUUUCGAACAGUUCAGAAUUCCACCCAUUUUUCCAAGACCCCAUCUCCAACUGAAGAAAAACACCACCUGCAGCCACCACCAUGCUUCAUUGCAGGUGUGGUGUACCUUUUGGAAUGAUUACCAAAAAAAAGUUCAACCUUGGUUUCAUUGUUUAGGAUAUUUUGCUCCCUUUGUUGUGGUUUCUUUAAUUGGAACUGGUGCCUUACUUCCACAAGGUGGGUGUAAUUGUGAAACAUUAGAAAUACCUGACAGUGUUAGCGCAAAACCGUCGUGCUUCUAGUCGACAGCAAAAGGAAAAAAAACUGUUAUGACAAGACUACAAAAACAAAUGAACUUCAUUCGGGGUUAAUAAGAGCUCUUCCGCUGUUGACGUUUACGUGUCACGUGAUCAAACCACCAAAGAAGGGUUUUCAAAGAAGGGUCUCACUGUUGAAACGCAGGUUUAUGGGUCUCCCUCACUUUGUUUUGUGAGAUAUUUAACAUGGGUUAAUUUGUCAAAAAUCCAAAAUAAACAGACCAGAUUGUUUUCCACCUCAGAGAUGUACACCGUACUGUGGUUUCUGUUCCUUUUUGGCGUCCCAAAAUGACAUCAAAUGUGGUUUUGUACAUCAAUUACCUAAAUGAAGCUUUUAUGGCACCUACGCAGGUUGUGCAAUGACUUUUAAGUGCAGCCCUUUUUCCACAAAAAAGGUGUAAAGACGAUUUGGAUUUUGCCUUCUUGUCUGUUUUCAAGUCACGUUAAACAAUCCGUGCUACUUUUCUUGACUGAAAUGAGUUUCCCCCUCAUCACAGCUGCUAGUUUUGUAAAGCGAGACUGACAUUUGAACGCGAGCCAAAUGAUCAAACGGAAUGAAAAUAUGCCAACUGUGGCAAAAGAGAAGACGGUGAGAUUGAUCUUGUUAAACCCCAAAUUCCGAUUCAGAAAGCAACAAGUGAGGGUAAGCGAGCGUUCACAAAAACACUUGUUAUGAGAUGUAUCUCACAGAACAAAGCCUGUCUUAACCAAAGAUGUGAUGGGAGUCAUGUAACCACUAUCCAGGUUGUGGGGGUGGGGGGGGGGUUGUUUUUAAUUCAAACACUAAUGAAUACAACUGUGUUUAUGUAAGAGCUCAUCUUUUCAUAUAUCUAUACUUUUUUAAGGUACCGGCUAGUCCAGUAUGCCUACAGUCUCCAAUUCCGUAGUUUCAGUCUCUGACCUUUUUCAUUCCCCAUCUCUCUGAACUGUUGCUGAUGUGUGUCCAAGUUGUCACAAUGUCUCAAUAUGUUGAUUUUCUGUUUACACCUGAACCAAAAUUAUAUUAGUAAUGUAACUCAGGCCUUUUAAUUCACAGGCAACCUGAUGACUGGGUGUUAUCGCUGAUACUCUGUAAACUGUUAACUCUGCGUAGUUAUGCUCAACAUUACCUGUCAAUCAUCCAAGGGUUGUGGCGGGCGCAUUGGAAGGAAAAUGUCACCUUUCGGAAGGCAUAUUAA